AUGGAUGAUCCUAACAUCCCGACCCUGACCUUGGAGACCAAGAUUCUUCUCCAGAAGCUGAAGAUAUGGGACAAGAUUGCAGCUGGAAAUCUUCACAACAUUACGCUGGCGGACGUGCAAGCAGUGUUCGACAUCCUAGAUCCCGGGGAGAAGGGCUACAUAACUCGAAGUGAAUGCUUUGCCCUUACACAAGUUCAAAAUGUGAAGGUCUCACAGCAGUACCUUCAGGACCUGUGUGAAGAUGCAGACAAGGACAACAGCGGGACAGUGUCUGCGGAGGAAUUUCUGAAGGCACUCACUACGGGUCAAGUGGCCUUCAACUUUCUGAAGGAAUCCCUAGGCAAAGGGCCGAAGGAAGUGAAACAGAAUGAAUGUGAUCGCUCAGACUUGCUAGCCUGGCUGAAGGAGGAAUAUGAGACCAUGAGUGCUCUGUACUCCAUGCCAACGGUCUUCCUCCUGCUCUUCGCAUAUACCUAUUUUAUUACAACACACAUUGACACGACGAGUGCAUGGCGGACCGGCCACACACUCCAUGAGAACUUGGACACGCUGUGGAAGGUCACCAAGGUUCCUAACAGGCGUGGCGUUUUCACGCAGAUGGCCUGGACCCACGACACGUGGCUGCCCAAGUACUUCCGGCAGGAUUUGGUGUCGGACCCAUACCCAGGCAGGGUCGCUGUGUAUAACCAGAUUAUAGGUGGGUCCCGUCUGCACAAGGAAUUCUUGCAGUCAGGGCCGUGUCCCGCAAACGAGGAGAACUCCUUCCUUUUCAAUGCACUUACUGGAACCUGUGAUCGAUUUGGUGUGAAGACUGAUGAGGACAUCGUGCUCCCGUACCAUUUGGAUAUUGGGAUCCACCAGAGAACUAUCAGGAACCUUACAGAGUCCUUUUGGUUUGAUUACAGGACCGAACUCUUGGAGUAUCAAACAAUUUUCUACAACGCUCAUAUGAACCUGAUCACCUUCGAGCGUCUCCAGUGGAAUGCGCAGACGGACGGCUUCAUACAGCUCUACUUUCGUUUCGAGUCCUGGAUUGCGGAGCCCUACAAGAGCCCAUGGGCCGUCCUACCUGACAUCCUUUUCGUGGUGAUCCUGCUUC